UAAAUGACCAGUUCAAAUCAUUAAGUCAUUAAUUUACAUACAAGUAAAUGUUUAUAUAUAAACCUAAUUGCUCAUGUACCCGCACAACGCUGGUACGUCCGUUAGAUUGUGUGCCCACAUCAAAAUCUUUAAAUAAGAAAGAAAAUCAAUCGGGCCACAAAGAUGACGCCGACACCCCAGGAACACGCGACGCAGGAGGAGAUCUCCACGGCCCCGGUGUUCGAUGGCGAGAGGAUCGUCAUCUCCGGCAUGUCGGGGCUCUACCCGGACUCCCACAGUGUCAGCGACUUGUCCGACAUCUUGUACAACAAGAUCAACCCUGUGUCGGAGAAAGGGUUGCGGUACAAGUUCAGUCACCCUGAAGUGGUGCAGCACUCGGGCUCCGUGCCUGGGCUUAACUACUUCGAUGCCCAGUUCUUCAAGGUGCACUACCGACUUGCCAACUGCAUGGACCCUAUGGCCCGCAAGAUCUUGGAGCAAUCUUACCAGGCCAUCUAUGAUGCUGGAAUAAACCCGGAUGAUCUGUCUGGAAAGAAGGUUGGUGUGUACAUCGGCACGUGUUUCUCUGAAGCCGAGAAGGCUUGCUUCUACGAAGCUGCUUCCCGAUCUGGAUUUGGUAUUGCCGGUUGCAGUAAAACUAUGUUCGCCAAUCGUAUAUCUUACUGGCUGAACGCGAAGGGCCCGUCAAUGUCGAUUGACGAGGCGUGCUGCAGCUCUACUGCAGCGCUUGAGCAGGCCUACCUUGCUAUGAGCCGUGGUGACUGUGAGGCUGCUAUCGUUGGAGGUGCCUACUUGUGUCUGCAUCCUCAGUCUUCUGUGCAUUACGGAAGAAUCAUGAACCUGUGCCAGGAUGGAAAGACAAAGUCUUUCGAUGAGAAUGCCAAUGGUUGUGCCAAGUCUGAAGCCAUCAACGUGCUGUUCCUGCAGAAAGCUAAAGAUGCGUUGAGAAUCUACGCUAACGUAUUACAUGCCAAAUCGGAGUUCACUUGCAUUCUGCCUGGAGAGACUGGACCUCGGUACGGUUUCUACAGAGACGUUGACAUGUCUGUCGACUUCAUGAAGAAGUUCUACGAGGAAGCGAGGGUCCCCGCAGAAGCUAUUGAGUAUGUCGAAGCUCUUGGAUGUGCCGUGAAGGAGGCCGACAAAGUGGAGCUGCAGGCUAUUGAGAAGGUGUUCUGCAACGAGCGGGAAGAUCCUCUCCUCAUCGGCAGUGUGAUGUCCAACAUUGGGUACAACGAAGCCGCUUCUGGUAUCACUGCCAUUACAAAAGUACUGUUGGGCUACCACACUGGUAAGAUAGCGGCCAACCUCCACUGCGACAACCCUCGUCAGGACGUGGUAGCAAUACGUGAGGGUCGCAUGCGCGUCGUCACGGAGCACCAGAGCUUCAAGCGCACGUACGUCGCCGUCAACGGCAUGUCCGUCACCGGAGUCAACUCGCACGUGCUCUUACACGGACACUGCAAACCUAAGGACCCGAGCCGCUACAAGUCCAGCAUCGCUCACCUGGUGACAAUAUCAGCGCGACACGAACAGGCCGUGACCUACAUGUUGGACAAUUUGAAGGCCAACCCCAUCGACCCUGAACAGCUGAGGCUGCUGCACAACAUUCACUCCAAUAACAUUUCUGGACACUUGGGAAGGGGAUUUGUCAUUCUAGAUACAAAUGAAGAACAGAAGACAGUAUGCCUCUCGGAGAAGUCUGAGUACUUCGACAACGCUCGUCGUCCGCUUUGGUUCGUGUACAGCGGUAUGGGCUCCCAGUGGGCUGGUAUGGGCACGCAACUCAUGCGCAUCCCUAUCUUCGCUGCGGCUAUUGAGAGAUGCCGCAAAGCUUUGGAACCGAAGGGCAUUGACAUAGUCGACAUUAUUACGUCAACUGAUGAGAAGACGUUCGACAACAUCCUGCACUCCUUCGUCGGUAUCGCCGCCAUACAAAUCGGUCUCACCGACAUCCUGCGUGAACUUGGACUUAAGCCUGAUGGAAUUAUCGGUCACAGUGUAGGAGAGCUGGGUUGUGCAUACGGUGACGGUUGCUUGACUGCAGAAGAGAUGAUCCUGUCAGCCUACAGCCGAGGUCUCGUGUCCCUGGAGACUCCGUUCAUCCGUGGAUCCAUGGCUGCCAUUGGUCUUGGAUAUGAACAGAUCUUGCCGAUGUGCCCACCAGAGAUCCAGGUCGCUUGUCACAAUGGACCUGAAUCCAGUACCAUUUCUGGACCUGCUGAGAUCAUGCGCGAGUUCGUGGGACAGUUGACUGCUAAGGGAAUCUUUGCUAAGGAAGUCCCAUGCUCCAACAUCGCGUACCACUCCCGGUACAUCGCUGAAGCUGGUCCUAAACUACUCGAAUACCUCUCUGAGGUGAUCAAGGACCCGAAACCUCGAAGCGAGCGUUGGAUCUCAUCUUCGGUGCCACAAGACAAGUGGGACGAACCGAGCGCCAAACUCUGCUCCGCCGAGUACCACACUAACAAUCUGCUGAGCCCGGUGCUGUUUGAGGAAACUUCAAGGCUGAUCCCCAAUGACGCCGUGUUGGUGGAGAUAGCUCCCCACGGUCUGCUGCAGGCCAUCCUCAAGCGCUCGCUGCACCCCAACUGCAAGAACAUCGCUCUGACCAGGAGGAAGCAUCCUGACAAUACGUUCCUGCUCCUUGAGGGUAUUGGCAAGUUGUUCAUGGAGGGUUACAAUCCCAAAGUCAACGUCUUGUACCCAGAAGUAGAACUGCCAGUGUCUUCUGGUACGCCCUUCUUGUCUCAUCUAGUGAAAUGGGCUCACGCCGAGAAAUGGCCCAUGCCCCUUUUCCGUACAGCCAGUAGGAAGGCAGCCGCUACCUGUGACUACGUGACCUCACUGCAGGAUGUCGAGAGUGCAUACUUACAGGGACAUGCGCUGAGAGGACACACGGUGUAUCCGUUCUCGGCCACCCUGAUGCUGGUCUGGGACAUCUUCGCGAUGACAGUGGGAGUCCCGAGGAAACAGAUCUCCGUGGAGUUCCGCAACUUGCACCUGUACUCGCAGCCGAUAAUGCACGACCAGCGGCAGCUGCGUCUCAGUAUGUGCUUACACAGGGGAGCUGGAAUGUUUGAAAUUCUAAAUGAAGAUAUCAAGCUAGUAAUUGGAACCAUUGUGGCUCUGGAGUCUGAAGACGUAAAGAAAACCCAAACUGUCACCGAGGUGGACACCAAGGUCAACAUCGAUCUGACUGCUGAUGAUGUGUACCGUCUACUCAGGGAUAGAGAUUACUCGUACAGUGGUGAGUUCCGUAGCAUCGAGGGUGUAAAUGCAUCCAUGACGGAAGCUUCGUUAAUAUGGAGAGACAACUGGGUGACCUUCAUCGAUGGCCUGCUGCAGCUCAACAUGCUGAGACAGAAGCACGAGGGUGUCUCCAUCCCGACCCAUGUCAGAAACAUGACCAUCAACAUUCAAAAACACCAGGAGAUUGCUGCCAAGUCCUUCGUCUCUGACUACAAAGUUUUGAUGAAGGCAGAGGUUAUUGAGAAUAUGAAUAUGACUAAAUGCGGUGGUGUGACCAUCAGUCACAUCAAAUUGGAGAAUUUGCCUCCCAUGGUAAACAGAGACAUGACAUUGAAGGCUUUGAAGUUCGUCCCGAAUUCUCAAGCAGCACUUGAUAUUUCAACUUCAUUAGAAGUUUAUUUACAAACAGUAGCAGAGAAUGUUAACAAAAACGAUUUGAAAGUGAUUGGUAUAGUGAAUCAACCAGUGAGGGGAUUACUUUUCAAUGAAGUAAAUAAGGCCAUCAAGAACAUUUUCGGUGUCAAUGUAACCUACGAUGAAAUCACGCGGGAGGCUGCACUAAAGAAUCAAAACCUGAAAGAUUUUGAUCUGGUGCUGGUCCAAAACCUCUCUACAGAGGAUGGGCUCUGCCAGCUCCUCCACCGUGCUCUGCAAAAGGACCAAUUCUUAAUUAGUGAAGAGGACCUCACCUUCGGAGGUCGCACUCGCCCCUCCUCACUGUACCGUGUACUCUCCGUCCACAACAUCUUUGAGAACGGCGAGAAACAGUCCCUCCUCCAGCUGAUCCGUUGGGGACCAGCGACCGCAGAAGCUACUGCUACCGUGACCGUGCGCUCAGCUGCAGAUAUCUCACUCCUCGUCUCCACGCGGAACAAUCUGCCCGCGGGCCACCGGCUCCUGAUCAUUGCACCUUACCCAACUGUAUCGGGGCUUAAAGAGCUCGUAGCUAAAUGGCGCAAUGAAGCCAGUCGGAACAAGAUCCACCUCAUCAUGGUCGCGGAAGACAGCUAUGAAAGAUUCUAUGUCGAUGAUGUUCCCGAUAUCGACCUGGCGUACAACGUCUUGGAUAAUGGCAAAUGGGGAGGAGAAAACUACGUGUCGUUGGAGGAGAAACCGACAGUGAGCCCGAACGUGACGCUGCAAUGCUCCCAGAUCGGUGAUUAUGACACCCUCACCUGGGUGGAAGCUCCUGAACUUACCAAAUCUGGCAUAGCUGUAAAGGUGCAAUAUGCUAGCAUUAAUUACGAUGAUGUUAAGAAAGCAAGCGGAUCUUUGUUGUACAAGGAGAAUCUGAAGAAUGCUUUCGGUAUGGACUUCAGUGGAACCACCAAGAGUGGUGAGCGCGUGAUGGGCCUAGUCCCGUGCGGCGCGGCGAGCAGCGUGGUGCACGCGCGGCCGGAGCUGCUGUGGCCGGUGCCCGCGCACUGGACGCUCGAGGACGCCGCCACCGUGCCGCUGGCCUACGCACACGCACUCUACUGCUUGGGAAUUAAAAGCCGUAAAGUAGUAACAGACAACAUGAGCGUGCUGGUGCACGGUGGAGCUGGUGCCUUCGGGCAGGCCGUCAUAUCUAUAGCCUUGGCGUACGGAUACGAGGUGUUCACCACCGUCAGUGACACGCGCAAGAAACAUUUCCUGCGCAAACUGUUCCCGGCACUAAAAGCGGAAAACAUCGGUAAUUCCCGCGACAACAGUUUUGCUGACAUGGUGAUGACUGCAACCAAAGGAACCGGCUGUAACAUCGUCAUCAGCUCCCUGGCAGAGUUGAAGGCGCCUUCAAUCAACUGCGUCAGGAGUCUGGGUUCAUUCAUUGACACCUCCCAGCUGCACAACCACGACGUGUUCUCGUACGGAAUGUACAGCAUGACCAUGGACCGCUCCUACUCUGCCGUGGACAUCUCCUCCAUAUACAACCCUGCCAAUAUUGAGGAUGCCAAGUUUGUUCAACGUAUGUUGAGUGAGGGUAUUGCCCGUGGCUACGUGCGUCCCCUGUCCCGUGUCACGUACGCGCCCCACGACGCGCCGAGUGCGUUCCGUCUGCUGGCGGGCAGCAAGCACCGCGGCCGGGUGCUGCUGAACAUUGGAGAAUAUACACUACAGGCUCAACCCAGGCUCACCUGCAGCGCUGACCGCACCCACCUGAUACUCUGCAACGACGACACCUUCGGCCUGCAAAUUGGAGACAAACUGGUCGAACGCGGGGCCAAGAAGAUUUGUGUGCAUUACCAGAAACCUUCCAGCUACCUGCAGAUCAAAAUUAAGUCUUGGCAAGAGUCAGGCGUAGAAGUCGUGGUAUUUACCAAUGACUUGAAGAAAGAGGAUGAUCUCAGUGUUCUGCUGAACAAAGCUAAGGCGUUGGGUCCAGUGGAGGGCGUGUACGUGACGGUUGGAGACAAGCAGCAGGUUGUCGACGAAACCUUCCUCAGCAUACUCGACCAGGCGUCAAGGACACUUUGCCCGGAAAUUAAAUAUUUCGCAGUGCUCAGUACUGGUGAGAAUUCCAUCGGAAAGGAAGUAUGUCUUCGUCGCGCUAAGGACAACUUGCCGGCUACCAUACUGUCCCUACCAGAACUGACCAACGAUGUGACUGAAGGAGCAUGGUACCGAGGCGCGACGGAGGCUAUGGAGAGGGCGCUGCGUAGCUCGCACAAUGUCGUGCAGGCAACCACGGCGCCUGCGCAACAAGUCUCCCUGCUGCAGAAGAUCCUUGCUAUUGCUGGUAUAACUAAUGCCGAGAACCUCAACAAACAAACCACCUUCGAAGAAUUAGGCAUUGAUAAGGAAAAACUGACGAGUAUCUGCAUGUACCUGCGAAUUCAUUACCAUCUGGUCUUCGAAGAGUCCGAAUUGCUGGCUUUGACGAUCAAUGCUAUCGAUAAGUUUGAAAAAGCUAUCACCAAGUCGGAACUCAAUGAUGAGAAGGGCUUGGCGACAUUCUUCUCCUACGUGGACUCGGACGAACUUCUGGCCACAACUGACUUCGUAUUCCUACCGACACUUGUAAACGAUGCGGCUAUGAGAGACGACGAAUUCGACUCAAACCAGACGUACCUGUGCAUAAUCCCAGGCAUGGAGAGCCAUUACGAAAGGUUCCGCGUGCUCUGCGAGAGACUGAAGCUGCCGGCGCUCGUGCUGCAGCCUGGACUCGAUCUCUCCAACGAAACAGUACAACAAACCGCGGAAAGACUCGCUGAAGUGUUCUUGAAGAAGAUGGGAUUGAAGAACAACUUCUACCUCCUUGGAUAUGAAAGUGGAAUAUUUAUUGCAUUAGAAAUGGCUGCCAUUUUAGAAAAGAAUGGUUUGACUGGAACCGUCUACUGCCUUGGGUUCGCACCUGAUGAGUUCGUGCUGAGACUAGAGGAUCAACUCGCAGAAUACAAGACUAAAGAACAACUGGAAGACGCAGUAGCCAAACACAUGUACUCCAUCAUGACGGGAGGCGACACCACCGGAGUCGACGAAGUCUUGCAAGCAGCCAACACGUGGCCGCAGAAAGUGGACGCUUGCGUGCGCAACUUGCUGGGACGCGUGUCGCAUUCAGCGCAGUAUGCGCGCGCCUUGAUUGAGUCGGCUCUCAGGCGCAUCGAAGGCACUCGCCACUACGUACCGCGCGUGCACGCGCUGCGUUCCCAGAUAGUGCUCAUGCGCGCUGCGUCCUCCCACGAGGCGCCCUCCCCCGCCGCCCUGCAGCGCCACUCGCAGCGCCCGGUCAUAGUACACCAACUGGACGCGCCUCUAGCACACGCGACCAAUGACCUCAACUGCGCCGUAAUCGUCAACACAUACUUGGACUCCACUAUUCAUGAAAUAUUCGAAAAGAAAAACCUUUGCAACACGUACCUUAUUAACGCUAACUCUUUCAUGGCCCUCGAUUAAUUUGAUUAACAAAUCAUCAUUUUAUUUAUGUCAUACAAUAAUAUUAGCUACCGGACAAUGUUACAUACACCUAAUACGUGCUACUACACAAGUACGUAUAUUUUAAUUUAUUGUAUAUUAAUUACGAGAGUUUAGACUUUGAUUAAAAUAUUAUAAUUAAUUGUAAGUAUUGUUACAAACAAGGGUCACUGAUUUAUUUAUGUACUUGGUCUAUGUAAGUUGCGGAAUUAUUUGUUGAUAUAAAUAAAUGUGAUGUUCAUUCUA